UUAAGAAUCUGCCUUUUCCUUUCACAGUGGGGAGGAGCAGGUAUUUUGCUUUGAAACAGUUAAGCAUCCACACAUGGGGAGCAGACUAGCAUUAAAGGUUUGAAGGGUUGUUUUUCGUUUGUUCAUUUUUGUUUUUAAACCUCUACAGCAUUGUCUAUCAUAGAAAAAAUUAUACGCUGAUUGUGUCAGCUGCCACCACCCCCUCUCAUUCAUCCAGUUAUUUGAGAGAAUUUCAGCACUUAAUCUUGCCACCUCUCCUUGGUAGUGUCUGAGUUUCUCUCUAACUUGUUUAUACAUAGUUGGUUUUGAAUGCUUUUAUACCUUUCCAUCUUUGCUCAAUAGGAAGUCUUGAAUUUAGUGUCAGUAAGUGCAGAAGAGGACCCCAUAGAAGCAUAUGCUGCAUAGCCUGAAGUUCUCUUUCCACAGUUCAGAUUACCAGCAUGGGUUAUCUAUAAACAAGUUUAAUCUCUUGGCAAUUACCUAGCCAGUGUUCUGUCCAACUUUGCUUUAUAUUUUUCAUAUCUAAUAAUGCCGUUUCUAAAAAAUGUGCUUCCAGUGGCCAAUCACUGCUGGGUAUUCUUGCUGUUUACAAGCAAGGAACAGUUUACAAUAGGCUUGGACUUACUAUAACAAUGAGCCUAAUGGAAGAAAGAUCACUCUUCCAGUAGGGAAACUGCUGCCACCUAAUGAAAGACAAAGGAUUAUCAGUAGCUCUCGCUAAAACCAGUAGAACCUGCUGUUCAACAUCUGGCCACUUCUGCAUGGGUGCCUAGAGGUGACCUCUUCUGAAAAAAAUUCUGCUCUUAAAUACACUUUCCAAGAUCUGAAAGUUAGUUUCUGUAUCUGCUCAAAACCUCAGCUCUGACUGCCUCUGAUUUGUGAUAGCAUAUAACUGACCCCUUUUCUCUGAUGGACCAGAUCUAAACGCUCCCAAAUGUUGGAGAAAACUACAUCUUAACUCUGCAUCUCUCUAAAACCAUUCCAUUUGGACUCUGCCUUUGCCAAAAGCUGAGCACAGUAAGUGAGUUUCCAUUACAUAGGGCUGUAAAAUAUGUGUGGUGCUCUGCUAAGCAUAUCCUAAAACGAAAACAGCUGUAUGAUUAUCCUCUGCUUAACCUCCCUGUUUCUUUGCACUCUUUUCCGAUGCUUGUAGCUCCUCUCAGGAAGCAGGCAAAGGGACAUUCGAACAAAUCUUAUUUGGUGCAUGCUAUUUUAUGGUUUUUAUCAUACCCAGUUUAGGUUUAUCUCUGAGUCACAAAGAUGACCAUCAGCAGCAGAAGGGCUGUGGGGAGAUGCUGAAAAGUAAGCUAUAGCUGAGCCAUGGGACUAGUCCAUGAAUCUUCAUAUACAACAUUCAGAAGCCCUUUACUGAUGGGCCCAAUUACCUGUUGAGCAGGUCCUUUCCCCUUGUUAAGCAUUUCCAGCAGGAUGAACAAAAUCUUCACUUAAUCUUCUUUAAAGGGUCCUGAAUGUACUUAGGCUGCUGAUCUGGGAAGAAAAUUGCCUUAAAAGGCACCAUUUUCCAAUACAGAAAUUAGAGUACCUUCUUAUGUACACAUCUCCUUUUCCUAUGUGACAAUUUACCUUUGGGUAUUAUUUCUCUUACUAAAACAUUUUCACUGCUUGAUUAAUUCUGCCAGCAGGAGUCAAGUGCUAACCUUCCUGCUGGGAUAUUAAAGUAAUUCUUCCUGCUUUAAUGCAUGUCAAAAAUAACUAAAUCCUCAAAAUAUUUUAAACUUUAUCAAAUUACUUUUUAUUCCAUUAAUCCAACAGGAGUAUGUGAAUGGGAACGUAAAUAAGAGGGAGGAGACAUUUCACCACUUAAGCAUACACUUGAGAUUCUGGGGUCAAAGGGCUGCUCAGCUAGCCAUCAGGAGCCAAGUCAAGUUGAACUCAUUGCAAGUGGUUAAUGUGUAGCCCACAAGCCAUUUUAAUUCAAGGGCCAUUGCAUAACAGUAUCACUGUUAUGUAUACUUCAGCGGCAUCUAAGAACUGCAGGUAGGGACCAAGAUGCCACCGGAUGAAGUUCUCACACAGUGCUUACUUACCCUAGAAUAUUUGUUAGUCUACUGGGUUGAUUUAGAUAUACUUUACACUUUACUUUAGAACCAAGAAUAUCAAGGCACUUAAAAACUGGGCCACAUUUUCAAAUGUGUACUCAAUGUACAGAAUACUUGCGUGAGUCUGGCCUCUUGUUUUGGUCCUUAAGGGCCCUGUUUCCUUGCAGUGUGACAUACGGCAACAGUCAAACAUCAAGUAGAUGACUUCCCUUAUACCUUUCAGCUGCAGUAUACAGAGUGCUGUAAGCCUCUCAUGAAAUCCAAAUUCACCCCGAAUAUUUUUUUUAUUACAAAAAAACCCAAACAAACUACGAGCAUUGAAAGAAAAAGAGGAUUUUUCCCCAGGAAAGAGCAGUUAGCUUGAUUCGAUUCAGAGCCUCUUAAAAUUAAGACCUUCAGUUCUUUUAGUGAAAACUGUCAGCUGAAUUUAACAGUUUCACCAGAGGUGUUCUAAUUAUGUGCUUUACUUCUGGUACGUACAGCAGAUUUAAGAACAAAAUUGCAGUCCACAUAAGAGAGAAUUUGCUUAAGUCACCUGCUGGGAAAACUUUGGUAUUAGGGGGAUUAGAAAUGCAUGUAUAUAAAAAAGCAAGAUGACAGGCACAAUACACAGGACAUUUGCCAGAGAAGAAGGGGUGGAAUCAUUCAUCCAGCAGGUAAUGUACUUGAACAGAACAUGUAUUACGCUUUGCUUGUUCAGUGUUUCUAGGUACCUGACAGAGAGAGGCCACAGGGCAUUUUAAAAAAAGGCUUGGUGUAUUAGAAACUAUAUGCUUCGAUUUAAUACAGUAUUCACCAUUUUUAUUCAAGCCUGUAUGCUGUCAUGGUUACACUUAUAUUUUGCUCUAUGACAGAAUGCAGAAGACUAGGAAGGUCUUUGUAAGUCUCCUUCUGCUUAUCCUGUCUGUGGAUAUCUGCUUGGCUCAGCAUUGGUCAUAUGGCUUGCAACCAGGAGGAAAGAGGAAUGCUGAAAACGUUGUUGAGUCAUUCCAACAGAUGGCAAGCGACAUGGAAAAAUUUGGAGAAAUGCAGCAGUUUGAAUGCAGCAGUGGCCCCCAUCAGCCCUCCAAGCUCAGUGAUCUGAAGAAAGCUCUGGCAAGUCUGAUUGAAGGAGAAGCUGGACGAAAGAAGACUUAAAUCUAUGAAGCCAAACAGAACAAAGGGUCCAUUAAAAUCACGUCAAAGCAAUGCUUUAAAUCUGAGUUCUAACCUCUGCUUAGAUUACAUCACAUGCCUAUGUGUUCGAAUACAAAAAAGCCACAUUUUGAUGUUGGAAGAUACUUUAGUAUAGAAUAUUAGGCUUUUGCACAAAAGGAAUCAUGCUACAGGCCAAUGAAGAGAGACUGGAUUGACACUCACAAGACCUGGCUUCUAUUUCUGGCUCUGCCACUGACCUGCAUUGCGAUCCUGGAUAAGUUGCUUCACCUUGGCUUUUGUUUCACAACACCUAGCAAAAUGGGGCCCUGCUCUUGGCUGUGGGCUCUGGAUGCUACUGUAAUAAAAAUAAAACAAAAACCAAAUAAAAGGCUACCUGCUAUUCAGUAA